CCCCUCCACGCCUCUUCUGCCUUCUUGGUCUUUGCUUUUUUUAACAACGCUUAAUCUCGCGCGCUUUGAUUCUUUUUGCUGUAUUCCAGAUCAGCCACUCGCCAUAACCAUUUUAUUCUACCGGUUCUUCCUUUUUUGUCCCUCCAUGAAGUCCACGUCCACCACCCGCCAUGUCCGGACGUAAACUGGGAGGCGGCCGCAUCCUAGGCAGCGGAAGGGGCCUUGCGCCGCCAAUCUCUGCUGCCCGCCCUUCGAGUCCACUUCCAACAUCGGAUAGCACAGUGUCCAUAGGCUCAUCUUCCAUAUCGCCUCCUGGGACGGCCAGUCUGCCAGACUUGAGCCAGGAUAUCGGCGCCAGUAUCAGUAUCGGGGCGCAGCCUAAAGUCGGCGUUACAGACCCGUCCAAUUUGGUCUGCCCGAUCUGUAAUGAGGCAAUGGUCACGUUGCUUCAAUUAAACCGACACAUCGACGACAUGCACCAAGAGCUCCCCGAAGAAGAGCAAGACGAAGUCAAGACAUGGUUCGACAAGCAAGUGUCUCGAGCCAAAAAGUUCCAACCGCUCUCAAUACUAAACCAGAAGCUUCGAGGAUUGGAAGUCUUCGAAUCUAACGACUCGCAACAUGUACCAACUGCCUCGUCGACACCAUCGGGCAAAGCCCCUCUGGACCACCACAUAGACCCAGACGAGCUCAUUACACGCCAUCACUGGCAACGAAGUACGAAUCAUGACCUUUGCACUGACCCAGCCUGUGGCAAACGCCUGGGUCCAAUCAAUGGAAGCAUAAACUGCAGGAGCUGUGGCAGACUCUUUUGCGAGGAGCAUACCAUGUACCAAAUGAAGCUUAGCCGCAGCGCCCAACACGAGCCCAUGCGAGGGUUCUGGGCUCGUGUUUGCGAAACGUGCUACAAGUCACGCGAAGGAUACAAUGAUCAUGCUGGCGUUCUAAUCGAUCAGACCAACGCAUUCGCCGAAACUCGACGGAAAAAAGUCGAGCGACACAAGCUAGAGACAUCGCGACUGGAAAAGCGGUUGACAAAACUUACCCGGCUCCUGGCCGACUCUGCUGAUAAGAUACCAUCUUCUAAUUCGUCUAUAUUAUCACCGAUGGCGAGCCUGACAGGACAAAAGAAUCUACGGAAAACAAUUGAGCAGUCGGUCGUCAACUGGGAAGAUGAUGAGACCAUUUCCAAGUGUCCGUUCUGUCAACAAGAGUUUGGCUCUUGGACAUUUAGGCGGCACCAUUGCCGUAUAUGUGGACGUGUCGUUUGCGCUGAUACGCAAACCGGGUGCUCCAUAGACAUGAGCUUGAAUGUAGCUGCAUCCGUCGAUACUGUAACAGAGAAGCCGCUAGUAGGCUCGAAGCAGGUUGUUGUUGAUGUCCGAAUGUGCCAAGAUUGUAAUCAUACCAUCUUCGCGCGGCGCGACUUUGAAAGCUCGCUACAAUUCAAACCUGCAGACCAGCGCGCAUACGAAACAAUGCGGCAGUUCGAGCGAGGCAUUCGGCAGCUUCUUCCUUCCUUCCAACGAGCGCUCCUCAAUCUUCAGCCAGAGCUAUUAGAUGGCGGCGAAGUAAACUUGAAUCGCCCACCUCCAACCCAUGCCCAAAUUCAGGAAGCCGGUAAGAUACGAAAGCGGCUGAUUGAUAGCUUUGGCAAGUACAGCGUGGCGGCAAAGCGCAUACGCGACCUGCCAACCGAAAGCGCGACACAAAAGAAGUUGCAAAAUGCCAUCUAUCUGUAUUCCAGCGGCUUCCUCCACACCAACAUGUUACCAUUAAAAAGUCUCCCUAGUCUCUUACGCAAAGGUACAACAUCCUCGUCAUCCAGAAAAUCUAGUCACAAGCACAACGCCUCAAAUCAUUCGAUAUCCUCAGGUCUACGUCACAGCGAGCUGGCUGAAUCAGACACUGCUUCUCAAGCUGCCAGUGAGAGUAGUACUGUAGUCAGUCAGCUCGAAACGGAAGAGAAGGACUUGCGAGAGCGACUGGUGAUAUUGGAAGAGCAGCGGUUCAUGGUGAAUGACAUGCUCAAGCUUGCUAAGGGAGCACGAAGAUUUGAGGAAGUGGCGGCGUUAAGCCGGAACGGAGACGAGCUUGACACAGAGAUUGACGACCUGAGGAGUCAAAUCACCAAACUUGAAAACAAGUGGGCUGGGGUAUAUCGCAAUGGGCUUCAUUAAACGCAGAAUGAGUAUACCCAGAUUUACUCUGUCCAUUCUAUUUUACAUCAUGGCAUGGCAUGGCGUCGGCGUUUCCUUUUCUUCAUAUACUUAGCGAAAUACUGCAUACCAUUUAUUUUGUGUUGAACCAUGUGGUUCCUGUUUUAACCAUGUUUGUUACAUUGAGGCGAGAUAGAGACCAGCUCACGUAGAAAAAAGUAAAAGCGGCAAUAGAGCUGCAUUGUCCAUUAACUUCUGCUAUAGAGUGUGACACCCAUAUGUAAUACCCAAAUCGUGAAAAUACACAAUACAAUUGCUCCACAAAGCAUCCUGUGAUCCGCUGCUUCGACAGAGACUCCCAAGAAGGGUCUGAAGCAGUAGUGCCCAAAACAAGAAAACGAUAGAAACCAGUACUCCAUAACAUCAUAUAACCAAACAAACGCCACCCAAGUAGGGCUAGAAAAACAAAUAAAUAGCAUUAAGCAUUAGUGUACGACGCCUUCCACGCCACCCAGGAAGCGUCUGACGCGAUCAAUUUCCAGCUCGUCACGUUCGCUCUCGACAGCCUUGAGGAGACCGUCGACGACGGCAUCAACCUCGCGUUCUUGUACACCCGUGCAUAGAGCAACUACACGGCGGUAUUUGACUUCUACGUCACGGCUGCGGCCCUGGAGAGCUUGGACCAUCUUCUUGGUGGUGUCGCGGCGGAUUUCAAUAGCGCGGAGGCGCGCUCUUAAUACUGAUGCAGACGGGAGCAUGCUGUCGGCACCGAAACCAGCGCCGUGGUCAGCAGCCUCGAGCAUAGCGCCAAGUUCGUUCUCCCAAGACGAGUUGGGGGUUGGUUGCGAUGAGCGGGCUUGCUCGUUCAUCAAGCGGAGCUUUUCCUCCUCGCAGGCGUUGGCAAGAUUGGUGACCUUUUGGCGAGCAAGCUGUUGCUUCGUCACUGUUGUAGUAAGAGUCUCAAUCUUACGGCGAGCAUCUCCGAGUUGUGAAGAUGUGUUUCGGAGGGUAGCGUGGAGAGCAUCGAGCGAGACUUGCUUGGACUUCAUUUCUUGCUGGAAGGCUGAACCUGUUUCGCUCAACAGGUGUGUAAUGGAAGCAAUGAUUUCAUCGCUACUUUCGCGGGUUUUCUCAACCGAGCCAGUGGCGUUGGGCUUCUCGAGAAGGGCAACCUCACCGUUGACCUUGUCUUCGCUGUUCUCGUUGCCAAUGCCAAAAUCAACGGGACGUAGACCAACUCUGUUAGCAAUGUUGGGGUCCGCUCCAACCUCAAGCAGCUGUGAGAUGAUGCUUCGGUUGCCGAAUCGGGCAGCAAUGUUGAGAGCAGUGUCUCCAGAUCGGUCUUGUGCGUUUACAAUCUCCGUCAUAAAUCGAGCGAUGCCCAUCUUUGGAAUGGCAGACUGGGAGCCGGGUAAACCAUGACCAUUGGCCUGGCUGCUGGGAACGCUGCCCUGUCGAACUACCCAUUCAAGCAAACUCUCGAGGUAGUAUCUGCUAGCAGCAUUGCGGCCCUUGACAGCACUAGUGACAGCAAUAUGGUGCAAUACAGUGCGUCCCUUUUGAUCACGGGCUUCAAUCGUACCGCCUAGGGCCUCAAGCAAGUCGGGAAAGGAGCCAUGGUCCAUAGAGUUUGUAACGAGGCAAGCACGCAUAAGAGCUGUCUCACCAGCCGCAUUGACCCGGUAUGCCGAGGCGCCAGAGGAAAUCAAAGCACGUAGUAGCGGCAUUCGCGACAAGGUAGCUGCCCAAUGCAGGGCAGUGUGGCUUUGAGGGUCAAUGGGCAUAUCGAGCUCGGCUGGACUGAAUGUUCGUAGCAUAUCAUGUUUCGAUGUGUCGUUGCUAUCCGAGUCCAUGAAGAGGCCCAUCAGCAUGUUACGCUUCAUCUCAACUUCUGGCGACAUAUCAUAUGGAAGAGGGGCCAGCGGUCCACUGCCGUCGUCUAGCGAUGGUCGAUCUUGUGCUGUAGCUUGUGAGAACAUGAACGACUCAUUCGCUUCAGUAGGGGAGCCAGGGAAGGCGGCGGCUAAGGCGUCCACAUUCUGGCUGUAUCCUCCAAAGCUAUCGGCAGGUGUCAUGUUCACGCGCUGUCGUUUCCUAGGUGGUUCGACUUCAUUCAUCUGCAUGCCAUUUUGCUGUGUUGAAUAUGCGGAGUCAACGGGCUGAUUAUAAUCGGAAGUGUAGCUCUGUUGAGAAUUCGGGGGGAAUUCGUCACCGUUAGUCAUUGAUGGUUGUCGGCUAAAGCUUGGGGCUCGUGUAGGACCAUUGCGGUUUCGAGGGCCAGGCGAGUCGAAUCGAGCUUUGCUAAUGGCAGCAACAGCAUGCGAGGCUGUCGUUGAGAUAUUCUUGAAAAAGGUGCCGGACAUGCCGUUAGGACGGCCAUCGGCACCUGAGCUAUACAUUCUCUUUCGCUGAGCAGCCAUUGCCUGUUCCUUAGUGGGAGUAUUGAGGUCGCCUUGGCCAGCAACGCCGCCAUCUUGACCCAUAUCAUAAACGAGGAGUGGUCGAAGCAGUUCCUCGACGUGGUACUGACGGCAGACUUCAACACCGCGUUCAAACUUGAUCCAGGUGCCUUGGUACUUGCCGUAUCCGCCCUGAACCUUUUCAUGUUCGCCAGUCUGGAUUUCCUUUUCGAGAAUCUUGGUACGCUUGCCCUUGUCAACGCCGGCGACCUUUAGGAUCUGCGUAGCAUUCAGGCAAGAAUCGUGUCGUCGUCGCAUGACGGCUACUCCGUUUACUUCCAUUUCGUAGACAUCGACGCCAGAAUAGGAAG